UCUCUGAAUGUAAUGGUGGAGUGAGUCUGUUGUUGUGUAUGCAGGGGAGGUCAGCAAAUGUUACAAAUCAUAGUGAUGAGUUUGAUUUAUGAUAUACCUUGACAAAUUUAACACUACCAAACGGUCUUCAAAGUAGCGAAAUUGUUUUAAUUGGGCGGUGAAAAUGCAUACAUUCCUUGUACUUUGGGUUCUCACUGUUUUGGGCGUGAACGGGCAGUAUGAAUGGCAAACGCGCGAUGCUUUCGACGAGAUACGUCAAAAAAUGGACAAAGUUACGUCUGAUAAUUGCCCAAUCCAGCGUGUGGAGGACUUACGACUACCAGAAGAUUCAGUGUCACAUAUUCCAGACAUAAAGGACAUAAAUAUUAAUCCAGUGUUCCCGAAUAGAACUGCGUUGUUACAUCUUCAUAAUAUGGCAAUGAGCAGGUCUUUCUUUUGGAGUUACAUAUUGCAGUCACGUUUCAUUAGACCAGCAAUAAAUGAUACAUACGAUCCUGGAAUGAUGUAUUAUUUCCUUUCAACGGUCGCAGAUGUCUCGGCAAACCGAUACAUCAACGCUAGUGCCAUAUAUUUUGCUCCGAAUUCUUCAUACACUCCGUCGUAUAGAGGAUUCUUCAACAAGACCAUGCCACUUUUUGCACCCAGAACUUUCAGGGGUGACGACUUCAAUGAUCCGAUACAUUUGGAGCGGACAUCUACACUCCGAACAUUCAUUGUGCAGGACUUAGGUGCUAUCCCCAAUGAUAGUCUAAGUUUGGACUACACUUCUGAGUACUACAAGAUCAAUGAAUGGUACAAAAAAUGGCUGCCAGACACUGUUGACCGACGGCAUGACACCAAGACAACAUACCAGGUGGAAAUUCGCUAUGCCAACAAUACCAACGAGACGUUUACAUUCCAUGGACCUCCAGGAGCUGAUGAGUAUCCUGGACCUGUAAACUGGACAAGACCUUAUUUCGACUGUGGUCGCUCUAAUAAAUGGUUAGUGGCAGCUGUUGUGCCCAUCGCAGAUAUAUACCCUCGACAUACAGGCUUCAGGCACAUUGAAUACCCUAAGUACACAGCUGCUGCUGUUCUGGAAUUGGAUUUUGACAGAAUAGAUAUCAACCAGUGCCCAAAGGGAAAAGGAAACGAUGGUCCAAAUCGUUUUGCAGACACAGCCCGCUGCAAGAAGGACACCACUGAGUGUGAACCAAUUCAUGGCUGGGGCUUCAGGCGUGGGGGCUAUCAGUGCAGAUGCCGACCAGGAUUUCGCUUGCCCAAUGUUGUACGUCGACCAUAUUUAGGUGAAAUCGUGGAGCGUGCCUCUGAUGAGCAGUACAGUAAUGAAUUUGAUUGCCUCAAGAUUGGAUGGGUCCAUAAGAUGCCUGUGCAGUGGGAACGUGCAGACCCUAAUACACGUGAGAUGUACUUAGAGCGUUUUUAUGAAUACCGUAAUUUUUCCACUGGACCGGCUGCAAUACAUACUAACAAGAUGAACAUUGAUGAGGCACUUCGUUUCAUACAUGGUGUUAAUCCAAAAACUUGUUCACGAUAUACAAAACAAGAAUUGACGUUACCUGGGGAUUUUGCUAGCGGAGCAGAGGAGCAGUUUGUUAAUGAAGCUAAAAUGGCUGUCCGUUUGGCAAAUUUCAUUAGUGCUUUCCUGCAGGUUUCUGAUCCUAAGGAAGUAUAUUCAGGAAAGCGAGUAGCAGAUAAGGAGCUGACAGAAGACCAGAUGAUUGCAGAGACACUUGCUCUUGUCAUGGGUGAUAGCCGUAUCUGGUCUGCUGGAACAUACUGGGAACGCAACAAAUUCACAAACAGAACAUUUUUUGCACCAUUUGCAUACAAGACGCAGCUGAACACAAGAAAAUACAAAGUGGAAGACCUUGCAAGGCUUAAACAACCAGAUGAAGUUUAUACAAACAAUGAGUGGUUCAGAUUCUUGAAACAGCGGUGGUCCACAAAUUUUGACUCUCUCGAAAAAUUCAAUCUGAAAAUUAAGAUUCGCUUCAAUGAAAUGGGAGAAUAUUUGAAGAAACACGAACGCUUCCCAACUUUCUACAGAGCCGCCAAUUUGGACCACGGAUACUGGACAUCGCCAUUCUUUGAUUGUGAAGGCAAAGUGCCAAAAUGGAUAAUUACCUAUGCAGCACCAUUCUUUGGUUGGGACAGUAUUAAGAGCAAACUGGAAUUCAAGGGUGUUGUGGCAGUAACAAUGGACUUGAUGCAGCUGGAUGUCAACCAAUGUCCUGACAAGUAUUAUGCACCAAAUGCAUUUAAGGGAACUCAUAAAUGUGACAGGAAAACAUCCUAUUGUGUCCCAAUUCUUGGCCGUGGAUAUGAAACUGGAAACUACAAGUGUGAAUGCCGUCAAGGUUACGAAUACCCAUUUGAAGAUCAGAUUACGUACUUUGAUGGUCAGCUAGUAGAAGCUGAAUUUGGGAACAUAGUUGUUGACAAACCAACCAGGUAUGACAUGUUUAACUGUCGUUUGGCUGGUGCAGCAGCUUUGAGCGUCAGCAUAUCUGUCCUCCUUUUGAUGGUGGUGUUGCCACACAUUGUCCAGCGAUAGCCCAUAGUUUACACCUGUGUACCACUGAAGGAAGAUUUACACUAGGGAUCAAGAACCUUACUGUACAAAAUUGAAAAAAAAGAUACAUAUGUUAUUUGUUGUAUAAUAUGAAAAGUAGUAUUUUAUAUGUUAACAUGUAUGUGCAAACAUUCCCAUCACUUUUCCUUUAUCUACUUAAAUAUGAAUUUCAUUGAAUUUUUAAUGAAUGCACAUUCCAUAACUAUAUUUCUGCAGUGUGAUAUGUUGAGUUCAUACAUGAAAUUUGCUAGUUUUAAUUGUAGUUUUUUUUACCAUUUUAUGUAUUUUAUGCCUUGGCUUUAAGAAAUCAGUUAUAUUAUUUUGUGUACCUUUACAAUGACAUUUCUGUUAUAUUAUUUGGGGAAUCUAUGUUUGCUUUUUCCCCCAAAAAACAAGUGAAGAAAAUACUGUGAGCUGAACAUUGUACUUUCACCUAUCUCAGGUUAUUAGUAUGGAGGGACUGAACUAUAAUAAAAGACAAAUGUUGGCAAUUUUUAUUCAUAAGCCAUCACAGAGUGAUCAAUGAUCUGAAGUUUUACUAAUUAAAAGCAAAAAAGAAGACUUGGUUGUAAGGUAUUUUUAACCCAAAGAGUAUUCCAAGGUUAUGUAACUGGCAGCUAUUAUUUUUUUUUGUUAGUUGGUUAAUUAGAUUGCGAAAAAGCAUUUUAGAAUGUACAAAAUACUUUGUGAAAUAUCUGUAUGUGUUGAAAGUGAAAUGUUAUUAUUAUUGUAUGCUAUUGUUUUUAUAUGAAUUUACUGAUUUUUAAUUAUGAUAUUACAUUAAAUCCGUCCAUUACAUCACUUCUGCAACUGCUGAAGUAAUAGUAUUACUUCCUAAAGGAAGAUAAUUAUAUUUUGACAUUUAUAAUUGAUUUACAGUGUUUGUAAUUCUGUAGAUUCAGUUAGAAUAUUUGCAUUACUGAAUUUAUCCAGUUACAUUAUGAUCUUUAUUGUGAAAUAUUUCUGUCCUGUAAUCAGCAAUGAUAAAGCAUAUUUUUGAUGUAA